CUGGUUGCGACGGCCACCGAGUCCGCAACGUAGACAUACCUCGUCGACGCUUUUGUUCUUUGCACUCUCACACACUUUCUGGCGGGUAACGCCUUGAAUCCGCCUUUACGCCCGCAGUUGUUGAUGUCACACACUCGCUACUCGGCUGGGCACAGACGGCCUAGGCUGGUCCACGGAACACCACCACAGCCGCGGCCGUCGAUGUCGCCUGCAUCGACCUACAGCCACAUGAGAGGCGGACGUAGCAUUCACCCGGAGCGGAGGCGCCGGAGGGAGCAUGUAGGUGGCUCUCUCUCGUCGCAUGUGUCGAUGGCGUCGACGGCGUCGACGGCAUCGGCGGCACGCACCUCGGCCCCGUACAGACACGGCUCAACAUCAUCACAUUCGUCAUUCACCGCCCAAGACCGGAGCAGGCAGCGGAUGACAACGUCAGCAACAACGAGACGGUCGACUGCGCCGGUGCUGACGUCAGUGGAGACAUCACCGACGUAUGCCCGUGGGUACGCGCCGCCGCCGUCAGCAGUGGCAGCCGGCGGGCGAAGCUCUAGGUCGAGCUCUCGAUUCUCGUCGAGCGCUGGCAUCGGGACGGGCGCCGGCUAUGCUCUUGAUCGAGGUAUGGGGCGUACAUCAGGCACGCCGUGGUACGCUGCUGAGAGUCCGUCGCGGUCGUCGCGAGCCGAUCGUCAGCGGCGGCGGGACGAGGCCGAUCCCGGCGCUCUGAGCAAGGCAGUGGGAGAAAGCGAGCGCGGCAGCGGCGAGGUCGGGCUGUCAAACUUGGGCAACACGUGCUUCAUGAACUCGAUCCUGCAGUGUCUUUCCAACUGCGGUCCGCUGCGGAACCUAUUCCUCUCGGACGAGGUGGGGAGCGCAAUCAACACAACGGCGUUCAAGACCAAAGGCCAGCUCGCAGUGGCGUUUGGCCUGUUGCUGCGGGAGAUGUGGCAGCAACGAGCAAGCUGCGUGGCACCGCGGUCGUUCAAGCGCGAGGUCGGAGCUUUUGCGCCGCGGUUCAUGGGCUUCUCGCAGCAAGACUCGCAAGAGUUCCUCCGAUUCCUCCUCGACGGCCUGCACGAGGAUCUCAACCGGGUUCGUGGCACCAAGCCUUACGCCGAACUCGACGAUGAUGAGCGGCUGACUGUGGCGCAAAAGGCGCAGCUCAUCUGGGACUACCACGUCUCGCGGGACGACUCAAUCAUUACUGAUCUCUUUCGCGGGCAGCUCAUUUCGACCGUGACGUGCAUGUCGUGCUCGGCAGUCUCGCAAGCCUUUGAUCCGUUUCUUGACAUCUCGCUCCCGAUUCCGGUGACGAACCAGGCGCCACGGACAUCGAUGCAAAGCAGGCGGUACGGGACCGGGUGGGGCGGAGGAGCGUACGGCUCGUCGGCACUCUCGUCGUCGACAGAGUCGUUCACCCUCGGCCAGUGUCUGGAGGCCUUUACUGAGGCCGAGGUUCUCGACGGCGAUGAAAAGUACUACUGCUCCAAGUGCAAGAAGCACCGCAAGAGUACCAAGGAGCUUGGCCUCUUUCGGCUCCCAGCUAUCAUGGUUCUCCACCUCAAGCGGUUCUCAGCGUCGACGUUCCGGCGCUCCAAGCUCACCAACAACAUCACGUUUCCGCUCGACGGCCUCGACCUCGGCUCGUACCUGGCACCCGAGGCGCCGUCGUCGGGCCACUCUGCCACCUACUCGCUCUUUGCCGUCUCCAACCACAUGGGCAGUCUUGGCGGUGGUCACUACACCGCGUACGCUCGGUCGCCAGACACCGACAGCUGGUUCCUCUUUGACGACGCGCGUGUGAGCUCCAUCUCGCCCACACGGGUCGGCGGUCCGUCGGCCUACCUGCUGUUUUACAUGCGGGACCCAUGAGGAGAUACAGCCUUGGCAGCUGAGCUUGUGCGCUAGCAACUGUACGUACGUGGGUUGGUGAUGUGCCGGGAACUGGGUCAGCGCCUGCUCCAUCUCUCCACAAACUCAGCCGUCAGCUCGAGGUAUCUGUCGCCAUAGCCGACGUAGGUGUAGUCGGUCGUCUCGCGUGCGACGGCCGGCUCGAUUUGUGUCCCCUCGCCCCACUCAUUGAACGAUGUGAUCGAGACAUA